AUGUCCAACCAGUAUCUUCAAUUUAUUACCUCACAGCCGUCAAAACGAAUAAUUUUCAAAUGCGUUUUGGAAGGCAUCUCGCGCACUUCAACACACACUCCUUCAUUCCGCACGUGCAGCACGUCGGCUCCUCAUUCACCCUUCACCCCCAACGUCACCGGAGUAUGUCCAAUCACCGAAGGGCCAGCUCUCCUGCGCGCGAAGAAAUCUUAUCAGACCCAGGCCACUGGAGUGGCCAAGUGA